AUGUCGGACGGCACUAGUCUACGUGAGUCAUGGUAUGGAGCCCUCAAUGAUGCACAAACUAAUUUCAGACGCCUACUCACAUCCUCCUCGGCGCCUGAGUGGAAACGUAUCCCGACACCUAGUGAUAUCUCGUCCAAUAAGGUCAAGGGGAAGGCUCGUUCUACCAUACCAGAUCUGGCAGAUGUAGUGAUACAUCGCAAGGCUAGCAAGACUGAGGACCCUGUCUGCCGCGUUGUACUUGACGUACCCACAGGUGACGAACCUGUUUCUCUCGAAACGUGGAAAUCUGUCUUGGCUACGCCGGAGCUAAGGAAAGAGUGGGAUCCUGCGGUUGAGGCAGCCUCUCUCGUCGAAAUGUUCGACCCAACAACAAGAAUAGCGAAGACGAACUUCACAUUGGGAUGGCCGGCAAAUCCUAGGGAUGCCGUUACGAUAUCCCGCACUUUUAAUGAUGCAACUACUGUGAUAGAUAUAUCAACGUCUCUCCCCCGUUCGAUCGAUGAGCCAGCAUAUCUUAGACCCUCUCCGCCAUAUGUUCGUUCUAAUGUCAAAUUGUUUGCCUGGUGUAUCCAAUAUGUACCAUCAUCAUCAACACCACCAUCUUCUGCAUCUACUUCUCCAUCUUCGUCGCAACCUGACGAUUCAUCACCCAAGAAAGCCACUUCAGGCCGACUACGUAUCACUUGUUUCUGGCAACAUGAUCUCAGGGCUGCAUGGAACUUUAGCUCUUCUUCCAGCAUGUUUCAACAGCUUGCAUCCAUGGUGCUGGGCCUAUUCAAGACAGUGAUCAAACGCGGUACACGUGUACCCCUACUUACCGGCUAUGGGAACGGAGUUACGAUCGAACGUGUCCGUUUCGAAGUUGACCGUGAAGCACUGACAUUGGACUACACAAUCAUCCCUGAAGAUGAUGAUCAUCCUGGAUAUCCGCCUGAGACAUCUCGAGGUCUCGACGAGCUCCAUGCUUUAAGAGAGUAUCGACGCCUGACAAGAAGCGUCGAAUUCUCCAUCCCGCUGUCUGAAGGAUGGGACAUCCAACUCACGACGAGGGCAUCUUCUGAAGCUCUCGCCAGCCUCCCGUGGUCUGCUCAUGUGUUGCGCAACGGCUCAGUGCCUUCCUCCUCAAAGGGGCUCGCCUCCGACUUCGAAGACGUUCUGUUCCGUAUUAACCACGCAGCUUUACUCGAUGACCACUCUCUCCUCAAAGUCCGUGUCGCCAUCGAACGCUCGGGUCCGUCUGGCGGAUUGCGUUUAAACGGGAUACCUCAGCCAAUCGAAGAGAUUGAAGACCGGAAUCCCUCGUCUUACUUCAUGUCACAACAGAUGCUACAGGAUGCCUCGAGCACGGCUGAACUCAGUUUUCAAUCACUGUCUUCAACAACCACUGGUACAAGCACAAUUUCGAGCGGUUCGAAGACUCCGGUGCAACCGCACCUCGUGCGUGCUCUUACUGAGCGAUCGGCGGCGGCGGAGAAAUCCAUACUCAGUCGCAUACGGCGUAACUACAUAUACUUUUCCUCCCUUUUGCAGGAGCCGGAAGCUAAGUGGAAAAGAACCACGGAAGCCCGAGGUGUUUCUGUCACUCAAUUAGACUCCAUUGAUCCUACGCUCGUUGUAUACAGAGCAGAGGCGACCUUUGUUGGCGUUGGCCUCUGGGAUCUAUAUGCUGCGAUCACAUCACCAGGCGCUUAUACGUAUUGGGACAAGGGGCUUGAGGAUGCAGUCCUUCUCGAGGAUGUAAACGAACUAACCGAGCUAUGGCACAUCAAGACGAGACUGGCCUGGCCAGCAAAUGCGCGGGACUCUGUUCUGCUGAAAACAGUCUAUAAGUCUCCCAGUACGGUUCACGUCUUCGCAUUCUCCGCUGACGAACCAAACCUCUUUCCGAAUAUCCCGCCCGUUGAACCCACGACUAUACGUACACAAGUCGACCUUCAAGGGUUUGCCAUCGAGGCGCUAUCGCCGACAACAACGCUGCUCACGUUGCUCGAGCAGUCAGAUCCGAAGGGGUGGUCUGGUAAAGCCUCAAUUCCACAGCAGAUGAUCACAGCUUUGGCCGGAGUUGGCGAGUUCGCAAUCAAGUGUGGUGGGCCCCCCGCACUCACAAGGUUGUCUGGCGCCAAAGCGAAUCAAAUCCGCUAUGACCAUGAACGAGGGAGCUUUAGGAUCGAGUACGAGGCCUCUCGUCGAAGGGCUGUACAAGCUGGAGAACAGAGCUCCGUCUCAAGUUCUGAUGCGAUAGCAGAUACGGGAUCGGCAACGUCGAUGCCGAUUAUCGAGUGCGAGCUGAGGUGCGAUAUCGAUACAUGGGCCUCUUCUUUGGACAUCGUUGUCGAUCCGCCACCACAGUCCAUCUCGUGUCUUCGCAGACAUCGAUUGUCCUCUGGUGGGGGUGGUUUGUGGCUUACUAUCACCCAUGAUGCCGUGCUCGCAAGCGACGAACGUCUUAUGACUAUUGUGCGCAAGGGCCCGGGGCGAGAACGAGGCGUUGUGAUGGUAAAUGGCGCACGAGUCACACUGGACGUGGAGGAUCUUCCCGAGUCUGAACUCAAGUCACUGAGUAAACAGAAAAGGGUCAAGCCUGCGCGUAUCCCACUGGAUCAGCCUCCUGUACUUGGCGUUAUACGACGACGAAAGGCUGAAUGGAGUGGCGAAAAUGAGGAGAACGCAAAGGCCCUAGGAAUGUCGGAUGGCACCUCUGAGCAGAAGGCCUCGCCGAUGUCCACGUCUUCAUCAAUAUGGACUGCCUCGGCCCCCAAGUUUCCCAGUCCAUUGGCAAGAUAUUUUUCGUUUGCAAUGGAACAGGCAGUAGCCACGACGGAGCAAGCUGUCGCGGCCAUCUCUCCUGCAUCGAACGCAUCAUCUGACCCUAUGCUCCCUAAACCACCCAUGGAUUAUGCUCUCCAAGCUCUUUCAUACCUUCAACAACUCCACUCUCGUUCAUCAUCGCCUACAUCUACCUCCGAAUGGACCAUCGUCAGCGGCAAGGGGUUUCCAAUCCACCGGAAAGCUGAACCGUCUCUCUCGCCGACCAUACCAGUGUAUAAAGGCGAGAAAGUGAUUGAAGGCGUCUCAGCGGAGGAGAUUGCGGCGGUAGUUGCGACCUACGAGUGUAGGAGACGGUGGGACGACAAGUUUGGCGGCGCACAAAUCUUGGAAACGUUUGGCGGCGAAUGUCACACUGCAUUUGUGGUGCAGAAAGGCGGAUUUCCGUUUCGCGAUCGCGGAUUCUAUGUCGCAUCCCUCGUUGCGCGGUCCAAGGGCUCGCAAGACGCAGAUGAAGGCCGAACAGCGAUUCUCGUGGCCUCUGCAUCAUUCAGUCCCGCGUCUGCCGUGGGAUUCGCAUCCGCGAAGUACAAUCCGUAUAAUCUGCCUAUUGGACGGAUGUUCGUGGACGGGUGGAUUCUUGAGACUCUAGACCCCUACACGCCGGAAAACUAUGCGAUACCUUCCACAAGGUGUACCCGCGUCGUCGCCGCAGACUACGCAGGCUCUGUCCCGGCUGCCGUCAACGCCAUGAACAACACUGCCUUGGCGAAAGCGAUCGUCUCUGUAGAAGCCUACGUCAAAAGCAUUGCGCCUUUGCCGUUCACACGUUUGCCUGGGGUGGGCGUAGUGCUCACGGACAAGGGAUACGAAGAACAGCAAGGAACCAACGCCUGGACGCUGAGAAGACGUGAUGAAAAUCGGUCGCUGGUCCAAACUUGGUUUAUGCCGGAAGAGAGGAUUUACAGGAGCUCGCUACUGCUUACUCUUCCUGUUCCCUCUCCCGUCCGCGCAGCUUCCCCUUCACCUAAACCCGCAUCGCCCGCUGAAUCGUCAGAUUCACUAUCUCAGCAGACAACUCCAAAGCCGACCACGACCCCGUCUUCGGAUUCUUCUUCUUCGGAGCCUAUCAGCACACCAUUCACGUCGCGGGCGCACAGCUUGUCAUUGUCUGUACCCUCUGGGUCCACGACGACGCCAAAGCAUCGGAGAGUAUCGUCUACCACGAUCCGAACUGCAGCCGGCGAGGCGGCCUUGAAGGUUUCUUCAUCUGCAUUCACGCUUCGCGGAGAGGUCCGGCAGCACACUGAUCUCCUUGUUGCGGAGAUCAUUGUGGAUUCUAAGCUUUACGAUGAGGGCUACGACGUCCAGCUCCGGUCCAGGAUUCAUGAUACUAGUAAACCUAUCUCGCUUACUGAUAUUCGAGGACUGAGCGCGGCACAAGACAUUAAGGAUGCGGAUAAAGACGCAGACAGUGUCCUCCCGCUGACAUAUACGGUGCACACCAUCCCCCCUUCACCGAUGCAUUCCUCUGGGCUCACGGUCGACAGCCCACCGCGUCAUCUACUCAGACUGAUGCUCCCCACUGCGCAACAUCAAAUUUCGACGCUUCAAGACCCUCUAACAGGGGAGACUCGGAGUCCGCCGCCGAAGCCACAGUGGUUAGUCGACCUGCAAGAGAAGGGCGCGGUUGUAGAUGUGGAAAUCCGGCCUGGCGCUGCUAUCAAUGCGAAAAACAGCGUGGGCAGGCGAAAGGCGAAAGCAGGAGUUGUCGUCAAGGUGGAUGGCACGAUCGUCAAUGUUGAAGGAGAGAAGGAAUCGUUAACGAGUUUAGGUAGAGAGGAAUUGCAGGAUGAUAGAGUAGCAAGGUUGACUGUUUUGACACGGCAUUCUAAUGGAGAAGACGAGCUACCUAGACAACUACAGGCCCCUCUAGCCAUCUCGGAGCAUCUUCUAUACCCGUCAUCGCAAAGCGAGCCGAGUCAGACGAGUCCAGAAUCAAAGGAGGCCGAAGAUGGCAGUGUGUCGCCUGAGAGCAUCCAGGAACCAACAGGACCUAAUAAAAUUCCAAGCACUGCUCCCACCGAAACAGCUCCGCCUACAUCUGCGACGGGAGGGUUGUUGGGCUUCUUCAACUCGUAUCAAAACCCACUGUCGCGAUUCACAUCGCCAUCGGGAACGGGAUCACCUUCUGCAUCGACGACGAGCACAGCACAAUCACCGACGGCUGGUCCAGAAGCGUCCGCGGCUUCUCGGGGAGUGGGAAACGAAAAAGAAUUCCGGGAAGACCGGCGGAUGGCGGUAAGGGAGGAGAGUCGGAGGGAUCGAUUGUCAUUCCCGCUGUCGAGUGUGCUAGUGAUCGCGCUGAUCGCGUUUCUAAUGGGAUCGCUGCUCAGGUCGCUGAUCUCGCCCGCGGAUUUUAUUUAUGUUGCGACGGACGUCGGGGAGGCGGAGGGACUUCGGGCGGGGUGGCGAGAGGUGAAGCGGUUGCUGGAAGUGAAGUACAUCGUGGGCGGGUGGGAUUUCCAGAUUGCGGUUGUACGGCGACACUAG